AAACUGCCCUGUGUACGCUUAUGAAACUGCCGUGCUGAAAAUAAAAACCGAGCAGAACAUCACACUGGACGCCGCUCGCAGAUUAAUCCAAACACCGAAUACUACCAGCUACGCAGAAGUAGUCAAAUAUCAUAACGAUACCUUCAACCAGCAGAAGAAAAAACAGCAGCCGAAAAAAAUCACCGCACCGACCGAACCGAUACAACAGAAGGACCAACAGCAACAACAACCCCAAAAAAGACUUCAUCACUCGACAGAACGCAACACUCCAGCUCCAGCAACAGUACACUUGACCGUUUCGCCGCCCCGCAAAAGAUUAACCCCUCAAGCUUCGCCCAUCGCCUCAGGUGACGAGGCUGAAGAUGACCCUCAACGUCUGUUGGGGUGCGGUCCAAACCCUGCUUGGACUUCGCAGUGGACUGUAUGGAGGGAAUUUUUCCGAUGGGGCAAACUUUGGGCUCCUAGUUGGGUUCCGUUUUCCGUGGGGGUUUUUGAGUUGUCCCUUGUGAUGAUAGCAAACUCUCCGGUGACGAACAUGUUAAAUCGCCGCGCAUUCUCGGAAGUGCUCUACGAUGCCCCGAGAACUUCCAAGCUCAAAGAAGACGCACGGCAGGUCGAGUUCGUCCGCAUUGGUCAGGCAUUAAAACUGGAAGCAAUCGUUCGAGGAGAUGCUCCGACCAGUUUGGCUUCAGCCGGAACAGUCUUCAAACGGCCUCCCUGGGAGCCACAAUGUUUCUAUCCCACUUUCCAACCUCGAAACGAUCUGGUCGGCGACAGUUGGGGCCCAGAUCAGCUCUUUCUGGCUUCCGACGAAGGUACAUAUCUGAUCAAGGAGGACCAAACGCACAAGAUUGUGUUUGACAAGACGCUGGCCGUCAAGCAGCUGAGUGUGGUGGAAGAUCAUGGAAUACUGUUGCUGAGAGGAGGAUCGACGUUGCAGAAAGAUGGGCACCGAGUGCAUGUGUUCAGGUUGAAUGAAUUUACCAGCGACAGGGUGGCAAUGAGAUCGAGGAUUGAUGUUAAGGAUCGUAGGAUUGAGAAGACGAGAGGUUGUCAUUUGUAUGCCAUAUCGAGGGCCGGAGAGGCUCACCUAAGGAUGGCCGUGAGCGUCGGCCGGAAGCUGAUGAUUUUCCAGUGGAAACACACUGCCGCCUGGACUUCCUGGUGUCCGAACAGUGACAAUGAUACGGUGGAGGGAUUCAUGUUCUUGAAGGAGAUCACACUGCACGAUGUGUCUACUAUCAUGACGAUUUUGGAGGGUUCCUGUCCGAAUUCGGGACUGCUGAUUUGUGUAGGAUUUAAAAAUAGCUUCGAGGUUGUGAGUGAACAAACAGGUCAUUCGACCAAACUGCAUGAAGCUGAUUUGCGAAAACUUCCGGCAGUUCACUUAGUAGCAGCAUUGGAUUUGUACGACGGGCAAGAUACGGAACUGCUACUGUGCUACAAUCAUACCUGUCACUUCCAGAAGCUCUCGGAAGAAACCGUCAACACAACAGAGUACGACUUCCAGUUCAACACCCCUCCAAGUUCGGUGGUUUGCGCUUUCCCAUACAUCAUUGCAUUUACACCGGACUCAAUGGAAAUUCGGCUCCUGGUCAAUGGUAAUCUGGUUCACACAGUCAUGAUGGCCGAACUUCAACUUAUAACCGCUAAGAAGGACAUCUAUUUUGUUACUACUGCGCCCGAAUUUAUACCCAAAGAUGCCAAACUACGAGGUCCCGAUUCCGAGGAUCACGAAAUGAACAAACCAAGAAUUGAGGAAAGCAAAGUAGCGGUGGAAGAAGAUAGCUCGGCUAGCCCUGGACGUAGUCGGUUAAGCUCAGACGAGGAUAAUAACGGCUCUCAGAGCACCGAAGGAGGUGAAAGCGGCUCAACUGAAGGCAAAGGAUCGGGCCUUCAGACUCCUCAGAUUCAGCGAGCUAAGUCUUUACAAAGUUCCAAGCCGGAAGCAGAGAAAUCAAAAGAAAGUUCCCUGGUGGUCGAUGAUCUGAAACGCUCAAUGUCCAAAAGUAAUUCGUACGGCGAAGCUGGUUCUUCGUUUUCCAUUCCAACCACAACGCAGAGCAAGAACUUAGCCAAACAUUUCGGUGCUCAGCCUCAACCGAACACCAAAAACUUGUGCAAACAUUUCGGUGAGCCAUCAGUCCCUCCGAAUUCCCCACAAAACAGCCAAAUUGUUAAAGGUAGCUCUCCGAGUUCACCGACUCGAAAAUCUUUCAUCAGACAGCCUACGCUGAAUCUAGGAAAAUCUCAACAAAACGAAGGAGACACUUCGCCCUCAAACGGUAGCUCAAACACAAAACCACUCCGUAUCUACCGAAUUCCUCUAACCAAUCUAACAGGGGCUCAUGUUCAAUCACAUCACUAUCACUAUCCAAACACCGAUAGAAGCAAGAAACCGAUGGCAAUCGCAACCAAAAUGCAACAACCAACAGCCAAGCCAAGUGAACCAAAAACUCUAGCCUCGUCCCAUGAAGAGGAAGACGAAACGGAAGAACAACCCGGGCGAAGCAGUUCCUGCGAGGAAGAUCUAGAAGCCCCAAAGAUGAGCAUCUUCGAGCAGAUCCAACAGGAUCUCCAAGAGCUAAACAUGAAGGACAAACUCGACCAGCAACAACAGCCAACGUCAGACGAGCUGCGAGAUUCCGUUCUCACACCGCUGUAAAAAGCUAGCUCUCCGUAGUCGUUGUCUUCGUCUUCGUCUCUUGCAAGCUCAACCUUCCAAACCAGGCGAGAAACCUUAUCUUAUACCAACUGAACAAAAAAAAAUUCUAAUAUCCCUCCAAUCUAUCGUAAACCAUCCACAAACAACACACAACUUAGGCGGUGUCGCUGGAUUGCUUCCGGAUUGAGUAGUGGACAAUUAUGUUAUCGACACAGGAAAGAACUGAUAGAGAUGAAAAGUUUAUUCGUAGAAAUCAUGUUAAGAGAAAUAAAAAGUGUAUAUGUCGAUCGGGAAACAGGUUUCAUGAAACAAAUUUUGGAAAUCCUGACAGUUGUUUAGAGACACUUUGCUUGGGUGAAGGGGUUUUAAUGUUGGUUUGGUGAUUUGUUCAUUGAAGUUUCUCAUAACACGGAUGUGACUUGUUACAUUUUGUUUGAAUGCUUCGGUUAGCUUUAUUGAACUUUUUUCCGGAGAGUUUUAAUGUUACAAACCAAAAUUGUUCAGAAUUCUUCUUUGUGCUUUAGAAAAUAUAUUUUGAACUUAUUUUUUUGUAAAUUUCCUAUGCACACUUCACUCCGAUCGAGUCGAAAAUAUCUUGAAAUUGAUGAAUUAAGAUGUGUUUCCUUCUUUUAAGUGCUUCUGCGCGUUAAUUUCUCGUGAAGAGCAUUCCCGUUUUCAGAACUACUGUAAAAUUCACUAGAUGGAGUUCAGAUCAGUUCCAAUUUUAGUAUAUGUCCAGCCGAAGUUAGGACUUCAGAUCAGUUCAACAGCACUUGUUUUUGGGACCUAAACUUCUGGAAGCAUAAUGCUCAUCGACUCAAUGAUGUUUGAAACUGUCUGGUGUAAUUUUUACUUGUUGGCUUUUCCCAUUUGAAUACAACAAAAUAAAUUAAAAAAUACUAACAGCAAGACAAAUUAAGGAAUUUCAUUUGUUUCGCUAAUUUUCCAUUUAUUUUCUUUGCGGAUGUGAAAAAAAAAUCAACUCUUAUUAAACUAAAUUUAAAUUGCUGCCUUAUGCCCGCCUUGAUGAAAAAUUUCAAUACAACUCUAAACUAAGUUCAUUUAGAAAUUGGAAAUUAAUAGAUGCCAAUAUCUCAAAAAGCAUUCGUUUGAUCGAAAUACGUUCUCUGAGGAAAAUGAAUGUUGUCUUAUUCAUGAAAAAAUUUGAAAAAAAUAUCUAUCGUUUCGUCGUUUAUCAGUUAGUAUAGAUCGUUGGUUGCGAAAAAUACAUGCAAGAUUACUCUUUUUAGGGUUUUGAAAACAGCGAAAACCAAUGUUUUCGUUUUGAAAAUUGUUGUUUUAUCUCCACAGCAGAAAAAUCUUGGCAUAUCAUUAUAUUUUAUACAAAACAACUAGCAAAUACCUACAUACUUUUAGAUUCUAGGGACCUUGCUACGAGCAGCUAUGUUAAAGGAUUCAAACGCUGGAAUUUGUUUGAAAUAAGGAUUUUCGUAAGUUUUGUCGCCUAUAGCCUAUAGUCUCAUAGCCUCGUUACCGGCUUAACAGCUUAUGAGCUCUGGAACUAAUGAAAAUUUGUUGUUUGAGGUUAGGGUUGAGUGAUUCAUAACUAGGCAAAACUUUCAAAAUGUCGGUUUUUUUUACAUUUCAGCGAUCUACAUUAGUUUUUCGCCAAUUAAAAAUUAAAAAUUCUGGUAUGAGACUUGACUUCCCUGAUGACCGUAGUUGUCGAUCAUGUUCUUCACCCCAAUGCUUGAUUUGAACUUUGUGGACAUUUUUGACAGUCUCUACAAACUUUUUCACCACUAACACACAGUGAAUAAUCAACGGUUUUGUCAGCUAUCAAUUUGAUUAUGAUGGAUUUCGAAGGUAACUGUUCAUUUUUUUUUCUUUUGCUCUGCUUAUUAUCUCAAAAAUAUCGUAAAUUAUAAAUUUUGAAAAAAUAGGGCGGAUAGUACUUUUAACAGGCAACAACAUACUGUCACAAUUUUGAAUGUACGAUUGCUAAUAAAUGAGCUAUCAGCAAAAGAAAAUGUCCCAUUUCGAGAAGAUUUAAGCUUUAGAUAUUUGAUUCCUUCGCUCUAUCUCGAAACCGGAAUGUCUUACGAGGAUCAAAUGUUCAAGAAAAAUGUGUUUAAUAGAACCUAUCAGCAAUGGUGUUAUCACAACAAAUUUUCAUAAAUUUCAUUUCUGAACACAUGAAAAAAUUAUGAAAUGAAGGAUUGAAUGAUAAAAAGGACUCAAUAAACUGUUUUUAUAUAAAUCUUAGAAAAUUGCGCCUUUAAACAUGCAAUGACUAUAGGGUAGAAGACAAACUUUUAGAAUCCUUUUUGUCUGACACUUACAAACUGUUAAAUGAGAACCAAUUAUCAAAAAUAGACAAAGGACCUUUUGUCUUUGGAUUUUUCUUGAUUUUUGCCAAGGGUUAGGGCUCAUUGAAUAAAGGAUCAAGUCUCCUUUAGUAAAGGAUCAAGUCUAACUUCACCUAAAAAAUAUCACAAAUUUUUCGUCUCACGAAAAUGCUUCUAGUUCAUCUAUGAGUUCAUGUUUUGUACUAACUUUAAAAAGUUGAAGUUAAUUGGAGUAUAUUACCUUGAAAUAAUACGCUGUCAAAAAUGCCAAAGACGGGGAGUUGCUUAAUUUUCCCUAUAAGAUAUUAUCAAAAUGGGUUUUUUGAUGUUCUGGACACAUGAAAUACUAGGUACUGAAAAAAAUUAUAUUCUUCCAAAAUUAACUCUAUGACUUUUUUUAAUGUUUUUAAAUUUUAUUGAAAAACUUGAACAGAUCUGUUUCGAAAAACAAUACGACCAUUAUUUUCACACAUUUUUUAUUAGGUUGUUCAUAUCACUUCAAAGAAAAGAAAAUUAUUUCUCUGUAACAAGAUAGUGGCCCCUGUAUCUUUUAUACAUAACUGAACAUAAUUACUCGUAAAACUAUUUCGAAGACUUCAAACCUAUAUCUUAGAAAAUUAGUUUCAAGAAAAGUUGCAUAUAUCUGUUAUCCGUUUUUUCGUGUUAUCCUUUCAGGGCAAAAAUUCAUAAAAUAACGUAUGGUUUUGAUGAAUUUUUAACAAAAAAAAUACCGCCAAACGGGGCAUUAUGCAACACUUUUCAACUUGAAUGGCUUCUCAAAACAUAAUGUUAAGUAAUGCUUGUUCAUCAAAAGUUUUAAGGUUGAUGCUACAUCAAUUUCACGUAGUCAGAAAAAUUAUUGGAUUUGCCAAUUAUUAUUAAACUUAUUAAAACAUGCGAUUUUCACACUACUAAGGAAAAUGUGUAAGUUGUAAGUGUUGUAAAAAACUUUGUAUUUCAUGAAAAAUCAAAUGAAAACGUUUGAAAAUGUAUAGUUUUUGAAAUAACUGAGAUGUCAAUACACAUAAAGCUCCAAUUUUAAUAAUAUUUGGUUUUGUUCGUUUUACAUCUUACAUUUUUUCUGUAAAAAAAUGUUUUUAAAGAAAAUGAAUAAGGGUGCUGCAUACAUUUGGGUGUAAAAAAUACUAUAAAAAAUGCUUCUGGUUGACAUUUAAAAAAAUGUGUUUGGAUGGAUGAAAUUUCGAAAUUAACGAACGCUUGAUGCAAAACAAUAAUAUUUCAGGAUAUAAAAACGGGAUUUGGACGAUGAAUCUUUGAUUAGCGUUUUGAUGCAUUUUUGGAAGGCUGGUAACUGAAUUAUAAAAAAAAAAUAUUUAAAAAAAAUUGGCGAUUUUCCGAUAAAUUUUUUACGCCAGCAGUGUUGGUAUAAGUUGAUAAAAAAUAUAUAGUUUAUCAAUAAUAUCAUUAAGCCAAUCCCUCAUACUGGGAAAAGUUUUUAACGGCAUCGAAAAAUGUAGAACUUUGUACAUCUAAUGCUCGAUUUUUUUAAAAAAUUUUAAGAGAACCAAAAUCUUUCAAAAAUCAUCUCACUUUGUAAGAAACUAUACCUUUAUCAUUUUUUAUCGUUAAAUGAUGCAUUUAUAACAGUAUAUAUAAAUCAAAUCAAUUUAAUAAAUGUUGUGGUAUACAAAUGUACAAUUUAGGGUAAAAUUGGAGAUCGUUGGAAUAGAAUAAUUUUCUGAUUUAAAAUCAGACUCUUUUUUUUGAAUGGAACUAGUUUUUUCUGCGUGUUUAGAAAGGUUUUUGAAAAAUCGUUUUAUUGUAGUUUAAAGUUAAUUUGUAUUAGAGUGCUUAAAUUUCUUUGACAUCUCUACUGGUUGAUGUACAAUUCGUCUUAAAAAUGAUGACCCAUGGAGCUUGACUGGUACGCUAACGACGGUCGAUUUCAACACGUUCACCGUGGUGUAAUUGUCUAAUGCGCAGCUAUACUGAAGCGGAGAUUGCGGGUUCAAGUCCUGUCGGUGAGCCGUUGUAUCUUUUCCGAGAAAUUCAUGAUAUUUAUGAUUUAUAUUCUUCCUUUAAAGCAAACCUGAGAGUUAUGUUGGGCAUUUGAUACAGCUCUUUGUUGGUAAGUCAGUUGCCUUCUGAGCCGAUGUCCGCGAGUUAGAGUCCAAUAGUAAACACCGAACAAAGUUGUACCGGAUAAGUUUAUCAAUAAUUGUACAUUAGACUUAAUAGUCAAUUGACUGAGUGGUGUUAUUUGAAUUUAUUAUUUAUCAAUGCCAAAAUACAUACCCCUGUUUACCAGCUAAUAAUUUUAUUGCC